AUGGCCAAACUUCCAAAGUUUGAAAAAGAUGUUAUGACCGAUAAAAAGGAGUUGGAAAAGGCCUCAACCAUAGUGCUUAAUGAGUUACGUUCAACCACGAUCAUCAAUGGAUUGCCAAUCAAGAUAGGAGAUCCAUGCCAACUUACCUUGCCUUAUGAAUUUGUCAACUCCACUUUUAUAAAUUCUUUAGUCGAUUUGGGGGCAAGCAUUAACCUUAUGCCUUAUUCUUUCUACCAAAAGCUCAGAUUUCCAAAGCUCCAAGACACAAGGAUGACAAUUCAGAUGGCGAAUCACUCGAUCACUUACUCACGAGGAGUAAUUAAACACUUGUUAGUGAAGGUGGGAAAGUUUGUUUUUCUUCUUGACUUUGUGGUUCUAGACAUGAAGGAAGAUGAAGAACUUCCCAUAUUUUUAAGAAGACCAUUUUUGAGUAACGCAAGAGCACUAGUUGACAUCCACGACUCAAAGCUCACACUUUGUGUGGAAGAUGAAGCAAUUACCAUUGAGAUGAGUCCAAAAGUGAAUCAUGAAAAGCCAAAAGAUGAAGUGUCGAAGAUAGAUGAUAUGGAAGAAAAUCUUGAUGAGCUAGUUGAAAUUGAAAAGAUGAUGAAAGAAGAAUUGAAGGUUUAG